GGGGGUUAACGCAGGCUGUGUGACCGUCCUAUCAGUGCUGCCCGGCGCAGUCCCAGCCCACCAGCGUCCCUCCGGAGGGAGCAGCGCGCAGAUCCUUCAGUGUUUGUGAGGGAGAGUGUGAGGCGGUGUGACAUUCUAGCAGGACGCACAGGAGAAACAACAAGACUUGUUGCAGCUGCUUUGAUUUUUUUAAUAAUAGUUUGUUUAGCGGUGCUUGCGGAAAGAAAACAUUAUUUUUUUAGUCGUUUGAUGUUGCAACGCGUCGCAUGCUGCCGAAUCCCACUGGCGUGAACGCGCGUAAAGUGCCGGGAGACACAACAAACACGGUAGGACAAGAGGAGGGGGUUGUGUUGGUGCCAGGCUCGCUGGCAGACUACCAUGGCCUUGAGCGAUACAAGUGGCGACCCUUUGGCCCUCGGCUGCAGAAACCAACAUCCUCUUCUGGCCAAAGGAAACGCUCCCUCGGGCACCAGCACGGCAGUCGGCAGCAGUCGGGACCCACUCACAGCUGCUUCCAGUCCCGACAACCACCCAGCGGAAGGAGGUGAAGACCCCACGGUUUUGGCUGAAGCCCAAACUUUGCAGCAGAGGUCACACGCUGUCCAGAGAGCCGAUAGGCCGUGUCAAAAUGGCGGCGUGCUCAAACAGAACGGCACCCCGAGGAGCAUCGCGCCGUCGCCUUCUUCCUUCCCCGCUCCAGACCCCAAAAGAGGGGUCGGUCACCACUAUUCCUCCCCGACAUGUUCUCCUCCUCUCCAGCCUGUCUCCUGCCAGCACUGCCACCUUCACUCCGCCCUGUGCUGCCCCUGCGGGCAGCAGGAUUGCCCCAUUUUCAAAAGCCAGGGCACGGGUUCGGGAUCCAGUUCCGGUCCUAGUCCAGGAUCGCACCCAGGAACUGCUUCGUGCUGCCUGUCUGCCUGCACCUACUGUCAUCUGCAUCCUCAUCACCCAUCGCCACAGCUCUCUCUGCAUCAUCACCAGCGCUGGCAGGAGCACCUCCAGAGCCAAACACAAGCACCGGGCAUCAGCCCUGCAAGGCCUUUUCGAUUCCCCAAAAGCUAUGCUGAGCUGAUAGCCGAUUGGCCGGUGGUUGUGCUGGGGGUGUGCACGGUGCUCAUAGUGGUCUGUGCGCUUGUAGGCAUACUAGUACCUGAUCUGCCCGAUUUCUCCGACCCACUUUUGGGCUUUGAACCACGAGGGACUGCGAUCGGUCAGAGACUGGUUACCUGGAACAAUAUGGUGAAGAACACAGGCUAUAAAGCCACACUGGCCAACUAUCCUUUCAAAUAUGCAGAUGAACAGGCCAAAAGUCACCAAGAAACCAGAUGGCCGGAGGAUCACUUGGACAGAGAGAAACGGCAUGCAGAGUGGGACUUCAGGAAAGAGUUUUUCUGCGAUGUUCCUGCUGACAGUUAUUCCAGGCUGGUGUUUACAUCUGCCCAAGGGAAAAAUCUGUGGAAUAUUCAGGCCAUAAAGUCAAUGUGUAAUCAAGACAACACCAGAGUGCGGUCUCACCGUGACUAUUGCAAUCUUUGUCAGCGCCUGAACAACGACUCCUGCUGUCCAAGCUGGACUCUUGGUAAUUACAUCGCUGUCCUCACCAACAGAUCGUCCUGUCAGAAAAUCACAGAACGUGAUGUAUCCCACACGCUUAAGAUCCUACGCUCAUGUUCCAAGUUCUACCAUAAUGGCACCCUUGGCCCUGACUGCUGGGACAUGACAUUACCGCGGAAAGAUCAGCUGAAAUGCGGCGGCGUGCCUCGAAAGUGCACCAAAUACAACGCUGUCUUCCAAAUUCUUCACUUCUUGGUGGACAAAGACUUCCUCAGUCCCAAGAGCUUGGAGAAUCCUCCUCUUGUGCUCAAGCACAGCAUGCUCUUCUCCCCCACAGAGAAAGGGAAGUCCAUGAUGAACAUUUACCUGGACAAUUUUGAGAACGGGAACUCUUCCGAUGGCAUCACCACCAUCGCAGGUAUCGAGUUUGGCAUAAAGCACGACCUGUUUCAGGACUACCUCCUCACAGACACGGUGUACCCUGCCAUAGCCAUAGGGAUCGUAUUACUGGUCAUGUGUGUUUACACGCGGUCAGUUUUUAUCACUCUAAUGACCAUAAUCGCCAUCAUCAGUUCACUGAUUGUAUCUUACUUUCUGUACCGAAUGGUCUUCAACUUUGAGUUCUUCCCCUUCAUGAACCUCACCGCCCUCAUCAUCCUCGUUGGCAUCGGUGCAGAUGACGCCUUUGUGCUUUGCGACGUUUGGAACUAUGCUAAAUUUGACAAGCCCCAUUCUGACCUGACGGAGACGGUCAGCGUGACCCUGCAUCACGCUGCCCUCUCAAUGUUUGUCACCAGCUUCACCACCGCCGCUGCUUUUUAUGCCAACUAUGUGAGCAACAUCACUGCCAUUCGCUGCUUCGGCGUCUACGCCGGCACUGCCAUUCUAGUCAACUAUAUCCUCAUGGUGACGUGGCUUCCUGCUGUGGUUGUGCUACACGAACGCUAUCUUCCAAACAUGCUAACCUGUUCAAAACCGUCACACCAGCAACAAAGCUGCUGCUCUCGCGUGUUUUGGAAUGGCCUUUGCCAGAAGGCCAGCAAAUGCCUGUUUAUGGUCUCUGACGCAUCGAGGAUCUUCUUUGAGAAGGUCCUACCUUGCAUCGUCAUCAAAUUGCGAUACCUGUGGCUCCUCUGGUUCCUAGCCAUCACGGUCGGUGGGGCGUACGUUGUUUGCGUAAACCCAAAGAUCAAACUCCCAUCCUUGGAGUUAGCAGAGUUCCAGGUGUUCCGCUCGUCUCACCCAUUCGAGCGCUACGAUGCAGAGUACAAAAAACUCUUCAUGUUUGAGAGAGUCCAUCACGGCGAGGACCUCCACAUGCCCAUCACCAUCAUUUGGGGAGUCAGUCCUGUGGACAACGGAGACCCCCUGAAUCCCAAAAACAAGGGAAAGCUGGUGCUGGAUAAGAGUUUUAACAUAGCCAGCCCCGCCUCUCAACUGUGGAUCCUCAACUUCUGCCAGAAGCUGAGGAACCAGAGCUUCACCUUCCAGUCGAAGGAGCAAGACUUCACCAGCUGUUUCAUCGAGACUUUUAAAAAGUGGAUGGAGAACCAGGAUUGUGACGAGGCCUCUGUAUACCCAUGCUGCAGUCAGACAACGUUCCCAUACAAGCAAGAUGUUUUUGAGUUGUGCAUCAAGAGAGCUAUAAUGGAGCUGGACCGGAGUACAAGCUACCACCUCGACAGCAAGACUCCCGGGCCUCGAUUUGACAUAAACGACACCAUCAGGGCCAUCGUUUUAGAGUUCCAGAGUACCUACCUCUUUACACUGGCCUACGAAAAGAUGUACCAGUUUUAUCGAGAGGUGGAUGCCUGGAUCAAAGAGGAGCUUCGCAGUGCCCCUGUUGGCCUUAGUAACGGUUGGUUUAUCAGCAACCUGGAGUUCUAUGACCUUCAAGACAGUCUUUCUGAUGGGACCCUGGUUGCCAUGGCGCUGUCAGUGGCGGUGGCCUUCAGCGUCAUGCUGCUAACCACCUGGAAUAUCAUCAUCAGCCUUUACGCCAUCCUGUCAAUCGCAGGGACCAUAUUCGUCACGGUCGGCUCGCUUGUGCUUCUGGGCUGGGAGUUGAACGUCUUGGAGUCUGUCACCAUCUCUGUUGCUGUCGGCCUCUCUGUGGACUUCUCCGUCCACUACGGCGUGGCCUACAGACUCGCUCCAGAACCCGACCGUGAGGGAAAAGUCAUUUUUUCUCUCAGCCGAAUGGGCUCUGCCAUCGCCAUGGCAGCUUUGACCACGUUCGUUGCCGGUGCUAUGAUGAUGCCGUCCACUGUUCUAGCUUAUACCCAGCUGGGCACUUUUAUGAUGCUGAUCAUGUGCAUCAGCUGGGCCUUUGCUACCUUCUUCUUUCAGUGUAUGUGCCGAUGCCUGGGGCCGCAAGGCUCCUGCGGACAAAUCCCCCUUCCCAAAAAGCUGCAGUGCCCAGCUUUCUCUGAAGGCACGUCAACAGCACCCCCGACCCAAGAGAAGAGCUUUGGCUUGGGAAAAUAUCAGAUAGAUUCUCGGAGCAAAGAGGUGGAGCAGUAUGAGCUGGAGCCACUGGCAUCUGCUCAGAAAGCUGAAGAUAAACCCCAAGAAGAGCUGGAGCUGGGCACUCGGCUCUACAAUGGAGUCCCCCCUCACCACGCCGCGCCUUUCCCUCACGUCCACCAUAGGACCUCUGAAACUGGCAGAAGUGGCCAAGAGAACGGCCACCAAGUUGGACAGCCGUUUAGGUGCAAGUACUCUCAAAACAUGAACUGCAGCUGCGCAGAUCCUUCCCACCUGCUGCAGCAGUGGACCCCCUGCUCCUGUGCUCCCCAGGACCCCCUUUCUUGCUCUGGGACCCCACAUCUCCUCCCAGUCACUUUAAACGGCCCAAGCAAGCAAAACCCCGCCCUCUUACCAUCCAACCGGGACCCAGUCCUCACUCACAUGGAGUGUCAUGUCCAUUAUGUCCACUGUCCUUACACCCACUUACACAACUGCUCCCAAGGAAGAUUACUGGCUCCUAAACAAGGGUCUGCCCAAGCCUGCCAGCUCAGGAAGUUCUGUAUUCAGUCCCCGAAUCUGCAACCUGCUUCAGCCAGAGAACAGAGAUGCAUAACCUCAGCUGCAGGCCAAGAUGCAAGUUCAGGACCGGCGUCAGAGACUUCAAAAGAAAAUGACAAUUGUGGCAGCUGCCAAAGUAUGCCCGCCAAGGGUGUGAGACAAGCUCAAGAGGAGUGCCUCGUAUCACAAGAAACCUGCCAGGAAAAGCACAGAGCGGACGACGACCGUCGUGCCGAAAGUCCUGCGUCCUCCACACAGACACACACUGACUGCAAAACCCCUGGAAACCAGGAGACGCAAGAACGCAGAGUGGGGAAAAGGUGCAAACAGAUCUCAACGGGAGAGUCGCCCGCCUCUCCAAAGAAACUCUCUUGUUUUAACAGGACGUUGAAAGUGAAGUGCAGCUCAGCUUCAGAAGUUCACGUGCCAAAAAACGAAGCCAGCAUGCCUCCACCUGCAGUUGUUCCCUCCCCUGAAAGCAUAUGCUGACCAUAAGUUGACUUUAGAGAGUGCAGUCGUUCAUGGGGUGUGACAGAGGUACUAAAUAUAUUUUUUUGAAAAAGCACAGACGCAUUAUUUACAGUGUUUUCUGCUUGUUUUGAACACACAACACUAAGCCUUAACUGUUUACAACAAACCGCUGUUGCCACAGGUGGAAGAAAUCUGAAAAAGAUGCAUCCAUUUAUAAAGACAUGUCUCACUUAAGUGUUAAGCCUAUUCAAACAGCAGCCAUUUGCACCAAAGUAAAGUCUUAAGGCCUUGAACUGUGCACUUAUACUUUAAGACACGAUCAACCCAACCGUGUGACAUAUUUCACAGGCUGAUGCCGACGUUCAUCACUGUGCAGUCGUCUCAGAUUUGAGCUGGACUAUCUGAUUAAAAUGUCUAAUAAACAUCCUCUUCUUGCUGGUCAUUUAAACACUUUUGAUCCAUUUUCAAGGCGUUCCCAGUGGUCUUUUAAUUAUGAUUUUGACGUUUUUAGUCAAAAUUUUUAAAAGAAGCAGUUGUUUUGUAGGAGAUAGUUUCUGCAGAGCGUAAAUAGUUAAUUGGAAAUUCAUCUCAGAAUUACCAGCGGGCCCGUUUGAGCUGAGCAACCCAGCCCCCCUUUCCCCUCUCCAUUGCUGAGAGCUAAGAGCAAGCAGGUUGUGGCCCUCCCAGCAUAUUAACUACACCACAAAUACAAUUUUCGUCUGCAGAAUUUGAAUAAAGAAAUACUCAGAAAUGUAAUUUUGUGGUCAAUUAGGAGAAAAAUAUCACAUGAAUACAUUAAAAACACAGUUUUCAUCAGAGUGGUCUGAGUGUUGCCCAAACUUCCUGUGCCGUGAGCCGGGCUGUCUGCAUGUAUAGACGUGAUUUACACAGGAAUAACAGAUUUUUAUCUCCAUUUGUGUGAUGUCAUCCAAUCAGAGCUCCAUUUUCAACAUCACAAACUGUAAAGUUUUGGAAUCCCAAACAGCUAUAAAAGCUUCACUGUAAAAAUCAUCAAAUGGACGAGCGGGAAUGAAAAGAAGAAAUGUUGUAGGGCUUUAUUAUAUCGCAUCAUUGCAUCAGCUAACAGAAGCACUCAGCGUUUACAGACUUGCUGAGGUACACAGCUUUAAUUAAAGGGAUA